UUGUAUAUGUUUCAUUUGUUAGAAUGUACACGUUUGAGAUGGUUCCAUAAUAUUCUUAUUUGUGGUUUUAAUCAUGCAAUGUAUUCAAAGUACCUCGGGGACUACAGGUGUUGCCCCGCAAGUAUUCAACGCCGCGUUUAAUUUCUUUGCCGCUACACAAUGUCUUUCUCAUGACAAAUUUGUAUCUGAUGAAAUUAAAGAUGGUGACACAUUUGAUUUUAUUAUUGUUGGAGGUGGUUCAGGGGGUAGCGUAGUAACCAAUCGCUUGUCUGAGGAAAAACAAUGGAACAUUCUACUUCUUGAAGCUGGACCAGACCCACCGUUAGAAUCAUAUGUACCAAACUUUGAUACUGACCUAUAUGGAAGUGAUUUUGAUUGGAAAUAUCUAACCAAAACUGACAAUAGAACAGGACUGGGAAGUAAGGAUGGAAGAAUUCCCUGGCCACGAGGAAAAAUGCUCGGUGGGUGUAGUUCUAUUAAUGGAAUGGUCUACAUACGCGGACGAGCACCUGAUUACCAACGUUGGGUAGACGCCGGUAAUCCAAGUUGGACACCACAAAAUGUUUUCCAUUAUUUUAAUAAAGCAGAAAAUUUACAGUCCAAAACAUUACUUAAGAACCCAUAUAUAAGUGGUUUAUAUGGUCAUCAUGGCCCUUUGAUAGUUGAUAACUAUAAUAGCACAUACAGAGAAGAUACAGAACGGGUUCUGGAUUCUUGGGAACAUAUCGGAUUUGAUAUAGUUGAGGAUAUAAAUUCUCAAUACACUCUUGGAUUAGGUUCAUGCGGUAUCUAUCCUACCACGGUAUCAAAUGGAAGAAGACAAAGCACAUACGAAGCAUAUAUUAAACCUGCAAGGAGAAGAAAAAAUUUGAAAAUUGUGACUAUGGCGUAUGUUACUAAAGUUAUAAUAGAUGACAAUUUAGAAGCUAAAGGGGUUGAGGUUGAUAUUAAGGGCACAAAAAUUACAGUAUUUGUAAGUAAAGAAGUGAUUCUAAGUUCUGGGGCUAUAAACACACCAAAAUUACUCAUGUUGUCAGGUGUAGGGCCAAAAUUGCAUUUGGAAUCCGUGGGAAUACCAUGCAAGGUGAACUUGCCCGUUGGUGAACGUUUACAAGAUCAUUACAUGAUACCAACUCUAAUCUACGGCGAUGAACCGGAAUCUCGAAGCACAGUAGAUGUACAUUUCGAUGAACUAAAGUAUCUUUAUGAUGGUUCUGGAUAUUUAGGACAAGUCACUUUCUCUGAUAUAAUCGCUUUCUUUUCUAGAUCCCCCAAUGCUCUGUAUCCUGAAUUUCAAAGCCAUUUCGUAUUGUUACCUAAAAAUACAGUCUCUGAAGCGAAACGAUUUGCUUCAUUUAAAACGCCGAUCUUAAAAUCUUUAUUAGAAUUUAGCGCACAUAAAGCACUGUAUGUGUUCACGUUGCAUUUAUUGCAUCCAUUUUCGAAGGGAUCCGUUUAUUUGAAUUCAAGUGAUCCUUAUCAAGAUCCAAUUAUUAAGGCCAACUACUUGGAUGAUCCACGAGAUAUUAAAACCACUAUCGAUGGCCUAAAAAUACUUACCAGUAUAGUAGACACACCGUUAGAUCAAUAAACGCAUUUAUUUUCAAAGUUAAUCUACCUGAAUGUGAUCAGUAUGAAUUUAGAAGCAAUGAAUACUGGUUGUGUUUUGCAAAAUAUUUAAUGCUGACCUUAUAUCACCCAGUUGGAACAGCAAAAAU